UUUACCCUGAAAACAGUGACUACAUUUCCCAGCAAGGUGUUCGACAUUAAUAUAUAACAACAAACUCCAGUGCAUUUUUUCUCUCAAAACGGUGUCAUUCAUAUAACCUAAAUACAUGUGACCUAACUCACGCUGCAGUGGAAAAAUUCGAGCUAGUAUUCCGGUGCUGUUUGCACAGGCACAAUGAACUGCUGGGUUUUGUUACGGUUACACAGCGGGGACCUUCGCAUUUCUCUCCUGCCUCUGUACUGUUCCCUCAGCCUGCGAGCCCUCAGCUCUAGAGCUAUCAUCCACAGCUUGAGAGAGAGCUACCGACUGCUGCAGCUGCCUGACGAUGGAGCCAGCGGCCCUGCAGAGGUCAAGGAGGCUUACCUACGCAUGGCCAAACUCUACCAUCCAGAUUCCGGUGCUCCCACGGCAGAUGCAGCUCUUUUUUCCCAGAUAGAGGAGGCCUAUCGGGCUGUGCUUACUCACCUCGGCCGGCAGAAGUCUGUCUCACAGUACGACCAAUCGCUGGAGGAAGAAGAGGAAGAUAAAGUUAAAGGUAAUGCCCCUCAACACAGACGUUACCUCAGUUUUGAAGGAGUUGGUUCUGGCACUCCCAGUCAAAGAGAACGACAGUACCGGCAGAUUCGCGUUGACCGUGCCACCGACCAGGUUCUGGAGUACAGACGCAAGGAGAUGGAGAAGGCGGCAGCGGAAGAAGGAGCCAUGGUGACCCGGGAUGCACGCUUGCGCAGCAAGAAGAUCAAAAUCACUCAGGCGGUAGAGAGGCUGGUUGAGGACCUCAUCCAGGAGUCUAUGGCCCGUGGAGACUUCCAGAACCUCAGUGGCACCGGCAAACCGCUCAACAAGUUUGAUCAUAACCCGUAUAUGGACCCCAUGACGCACAACCUCAACAGAAUCCUCAUCGACAACGGUUACCAGCCUGAAUGGAUUGUGGUACAGAAGGAGAUCAGGGAAACCAUCGCUAAAAUUAGGGAAAAGUUGCAGAAGGUCAGGGCCAGGCUGGGGGAACCCAUGAGACACUCUGAAACCCUCCAGUGGAAGGAGCACUGCGCUGUGUUUGAGGAUGAACUGGGGAAACUCAACAAGAAAGUGGACAAUUUCAACCUGAUUGUCCCUCUCAUGAGCAGGCAGAUGGUGCAUUACAGCCUAAAGAGAGAGCUGGAGAAAAUACUGAAGACUGAUCAGCUGCUCAGGCAAGAGAAGGAAAGAGAAAAAGAAAUGAAGCAAGAUGAGCAGAUGGAGACAGCAAGAACAUCUCAGCACACCAGACAAGGACUCAUCACCUGGAUGCAGAAUCUACUUAAAUGAGGCUGCAUUAAAAAAUGCAGAGUUGUAAUUCACCUAUUGGCCUAUUAUUAGUGUGAUUCAAAUUUAUUUGCCCCUUCCUUGUUCUUAUUAUAACUGUAAUGAAACAAUUAUUGUCUUGCUUAUUAAAAACUAUCAGAAGAUUAAAGGCAAUAAACAAUA